CCACGGUCAUAGCAGAAUACCGAUUGUUCCCAGUAACACCGUGUGCGCUACCCUGGGCAUUACUCUCCUAUAUAUAUAAAAAAAAGCGAGAGAGACAGGGGGGGAGGGAAGAAAAACUGCGGGAAGAUUGGCAGGUGUUUUGGGGCGGCGGUGGUGGUGUUGAAGGCGGCCGCAGCCAGCCUGCAGCCGCAAGCGUCCUGACGGAGAGACACCGUGGCGGAAGCUCGGCCAAGCCUGCCGACUUGACUGGGGCUUCCAGAGCUUGAGCAGUAAGCCCUUGGUACAACCGGCUACUUGGGCCGGGGGGAUUUCUGGAAGAUUUGGAGUGGCAAGGGUGGACUAGCGUGGGUGACGGGCGUCGACGGGGCGAUAUCUGCCUCCACGGGCGGGAGGAGUGAGCGGCGGCGCUGAUUGGGGCCGGAUACUGCAGGAUUGGCCGGACUUGCCGCCCGACUUAUGACCUGAGCCCCCCUCCCACCUGAGCCGAAUUUACCGCGAGCGGAAAGCACCGCGACUUGGACUUGAGGAUCUGCGCUAGUGUGUGAGAUCGCGCGGGGCACUGCAGAGGGCGGCGGCGGUGCCCAGCGGCGGUGCCCAGCGGCGGUGCCCAGCGGCCGCCAUGGAGGGCCUAGCCUCCGGCCUCCACGAUGGCCUCUCCCUCCACGACCUCCAGCCUCCACCACUCUCCCACGACCCCUCUUCCCACACCCCCACGCUUACCCACGACCCCACCCACGACCCCACCCACGCCCUCCACGACCACCAUCGUCACCGCCACGCCGCCGCCCACGACACCCUCCACGCCCUGGAUGUGACUCACGCCCACGACUCCGUGCAUGCCCUCUCCCACGCCCACACCUCCGCCCACAUCACCUCAGCAUCGCACACCCACGCCGCCCUCUCGUCACCCCACCAGACGGGUGUGUCUGCUCUCCGUGGCCCACCGCCCCUCCACCCACUCACGCCCACGCCCUCAACCACCGUUCUCCCGCCCACACCAGCAGACAAAAAACCCAUCAAUCUAGACGUGGGAGAGAAACCGUCUCAGUCGUGUUCUACAGAAUCUGACGACGACAAGAACAAGAAGAAACGACAACGACGACAGAGAACUCACUUCACCUCCCAGCAACUACAGGAGCUGGAGGCCACCUUUGCUAGGAACAGAUACCCCGACCUGAGCACCCGAGAGGAAAUCUCCCUGUGGCUCAACCUGAAGGAAGCACAAGUCAGGAUCUGGUUCAAGAACCGCCGGGCCAAGUGGCGGAAGCGAGAGCGUCACGUGAUGACAGCAGCCAUGCCCGGGGACCUCAAGUGUGGCUGGGGCGCCCAGCUGAAUGGCUUCGCUUGGCCUGACGACGGCCUCUAUUCCGGCUACUCCUCCUACAACAAUUGGGCCAGGGUCACGCCGCCUCCCCUCAGCACCAAGAGCUUCACCUGGGGCUUCAACGGUGUCAACAUGAUGGGUCAACAGACAGCCACUAUGUCUCCCAUCAAUUGCUUCCAGUCACCGACGCAGGGUAUGAGUGGGUCGGCAUCUGCCAACCUCAUGCCCACCACCAUGUCUUCCUCCCUGGGCUCUAGUGCUGCCCCGUGCCCCUACCCGGCCCCGACACCUCCAUACGUCUACCGUGACCAGACCUCCUCCAUGUCCUCCUCCAUCGCUUCACUCCGCCUCAAGGCUAAGUCCCACUCGCCGGCCUUCACUUACGCCCCGAUGUCUCCCCGUCAGAACUCUCUCUCAGCCUGCCAGUACUCCAUGAGUGAUCGAUCCACUGUUUAAGCCGUAACUGGAUAUCAAUUUCCAAUUACUGAAGUUACAACUGUAUUUUUCCGUGAAUAAUGUCAGGCUCCCGUAUCUAGGCUCUUAGACUCGGAUACGGUCACAGACCGACUCACCCAUUAUAUAUAUAUAGCUGGAUAACAUUUCCAUAAAUGGACUCAUUCGUGGCAUUCAGACUUUAAUAUUGUCCUCAAACGAACCUUGUUGUAACUGUACCCUCCAGUCGCCUCCUGUCUAACCUCUAAAACGAACCCAGACGACACCUUGACAACUGAAGUAAAAUCAGUGCCAGAAGGAGGAGCCGAGACGUUGAUAGCUCAUUGUGGUUACCAGGACAUCCAGAAGGCAUGGUAGGGUGUCAACACUCGCAGUCUCCAGAGGCAGUUAUUGGCAGUAAGCUGUGAGGAAGCGACAACAUCCACGGAAGGUCUCCGCUACCAUCAGUGACCUGCAUAACGACUCUUACUACCACAUCAGCCAAUCUACAGCUCUCCAUUCAUCAAGGUUUUCAUCCCAACUGGUACAUUUCAACUGAAGGAAAGUCUUUGUAAAUCCUAUUGUUGCCAAAAGUGUUGUAACAAAGCCCAACUCUUGGCAAAUGUGUUGUAACCUGCAGCUAUGUUACAAGACGGGCUAAAUUUGAGUUGCAACGGACGAAAUGUGCAGCCAUUACCUGCGAAAACAAGAGAAGUGAACCUCAUCAUUUCUAGACACGUGUCUUAGACGUCACUUCUAGACACGUGUCUUAGACGUCACUUCUAGACACACACCCGUGUCAGUGCGGUAGAAGCUCGGUGUGUACACUGAAAUCUUCCAAUUCGAUAUAUGGAAAGAAUUGCAACUAAAAAUAAAAUUUUGCAUGUGUAACAUUUGGAAAAAAAACAUAAAAGAACAAAAUGUAUAGAGAGAAUUUUUUUUAGAUGUGCAUUUCUUUUAUUAAAAAAAAAAAAACAGAACCAUUGAAAUAUAUCCGAAACAAAAACGUUAAUUUUUACUGUAUAAUUUGUUUUUUAAAUGCAAAUAUGUGCCAGUUUGAAUCGUACAAACAGAAAUGUAAGAAAAAGGUCAAAAGCAGAAUUGUUGGGGGUCAAACAAUUUUUGACUGGUCGCUGACAGUCGUGCUGUCAAGUGAGAGGCAAGAUUAAAUAACCAUGUGUGUAUUAUCCGAAUUAUAUCUUUGAAGCCAGUGCUUCCUGAGUAAAAGUCUAAAUGUGUAUGAAUGCCUGGGAGAUGUUCCAUUACUAAUAAACUGGUGGUGUGCUCUGCCUCGACCAAGAGAUUCUCUGACGCUCUCUAGUUACAGUCUGAUGUGGUGCACUGCCUUACAGCAGCUCCUGAAUUCAGUCUCUCCCUCAAUUGCUUUGGAAUAUUGGAAGGGGGCUGGUAAAUCUUGAAAAGGAGUCGGUUAGUGUGGGAUGUUAGACUGCCACUGGAGUCACUGAAGUGUGGGAUGUUAGACUGCCACUGGAGUCACUGAAGUGUGGGAUGUUAGACUGCCACUGGAGUCACUGAAGUGUAGGAUGUUAGAC